AUGUCCAAGACUAGCACCGGUUUGCCUCCUGGCUGGGCGAUAAAGCUCUCUCGCACACACAAGACCGAGUAUUAUUUGAAUCAGACCACGAACGAAUCUUCUUGGGUACCUCCUUUUGGAACUGAUACCGCAGUACUAAAUGAAUAUGUAGAAAAGUAUAGAGCCAAUGGUCACAAACCAGUGAUUCGGGAGGAUGGGAAGGUCAGAGUAUCGCAUUUGUUGAUCAAGCACAAUCAAAGUAGAAGGCCGCGGUCGUGGAAGUCGCCAGACGGUAUAACAACUACCAGGGACGAGGCAAUCCAGAAAUUGAAACAACUACAAGCAAAGAUAUUGAAUGGAGAAAAGCUUAGUGAGUUAGCAGAAAGUGAGAGUGACGAUUCGUCACAUUCAACCGGUGGAGAUUUGGGUUUUUUUGGCAAGGGUCAGAUGCAACCUGCGUUUGAAGAGGCAGCUUUUGGGUUGAAUGUAGGUGAGAUCAGCGAUAUUGUCGAGACUGAUAGUGGACUUCAUUUGUUAGAGAGAACUGGAUAG